CUGCUGCUGCUGUGGGUGCUGGUGGUAGAUUGACGGGUCAUGAUAGCCGGCAGCAGCAGCUCCGUUCGCGGCAGCCGGAGCGUCUAAAUUCCCUGGGCGGAUAUUGUUGUUGUUGUAGUAGUUGGCGGGGUCGACAGGAAGUUGAUCAUUUUGUGAACCCUGCUGUGGUUUGCUAGGCGGGUCUUCAGCGGGGAAGCUCGGCCAAGCACCGCCCGCUCCGCCUGCUGUGGAACCUGGUGCUCCCCAUCCUGCGGAGGACGCGUGCGACGGCGCCAGGUGGAGAGAGCUGCAGGCAAUUACUGCAGUUGCGAGAACCCGCUUCAUCGAUUUCCGACCCAAGGAGUUCAGCAACGCAACGUAGAUGUUGACAGUAUUUGUUUCCUCUUCCCUCCCCGGGCCAGUUGUUCGAGCAGAGACAGGAGCUCUCCUGGAUGUGCUGCGGCUGUUCAGUGCUGCUCUGUCGGCGGCCGGGAGGGGCUUCGCACACUGGAGUAUGUGCAUACUGCGGAAUUUGAUGCACCUUCUCUAUCUGUCUGCAAUGGUCCAUGCCUUUAUCCAGGUUUUGCUAGCUGCCGCUUUAUGGUUCUGCUAUUCGCCGGUUGGAGCUUUUUAUGUCCAGCUUGAAUCCCGCACAAGCAGCAGGAGCAGCGGCAGGGAAACAAGUAGGCACGGACAUCGGUUUCGUUGUCGCAGCACCCCGAGCGCAUUAGGUGCCAAGGGCGAUGAUGGUGGUGGUGCACGAAGAUACGACAAAGACGCGAGGGUCAUCGUUGUCGGGGGCUCCGGGCGGGUGGGAGGGAGCACCGUGAGAGCUCUCCGACAGCUUGCAGGGCCGGGCCUCGAGCUCUUGGUUGGUGGACGGAGCCAGCGGAACUUCGUCAAAAGCGUCGAGCGAUGGCGCACGCUGCCAGGAGCAGAAGAAGGGUACGACUACUCGGACGUGAAAUUUGUCGAGCUGGACCUCGGCGACGCCGCUUCGCUGGCGAGCGCUCUCAACGGCUGCGACCUGGUAGUGCAUACGGCCGGGCCGUUCCAGAGGAAGACAAGGCCGGAGGUGUUGGAGGCUGCGAUAGCGGCAAAGGCGAGAGGAGGGCUCUUUCCAAGAGCUGCUUUGUAG